AUGAGAUACGGACACAGUACAGGAGGAAUCAUUGGUAUAACCCUGAAGUCAGAGGCCUUGAAGAUCUGGGCAUUGAGCCGUCAUAUCUCCUGUAGGAUUGAAUUUGAUAUGAGGAAGAUGGAAGAGGAGGAGAAGAAUACCUCCAAAGUUCAACUUUAUCACAAGGAGGAGAGCAACGCCAGGAUUGAAGCAGAUGCGAAGGAUAGGGCUGGACUUUGCCAGAAAUUGAACACCUGUCUAAAUCCAUUACAUCCCAAAGACCAUCCAUUGGGAGGCAUUGUUAAUAUCACCAGUGGGAAGAUAUCUCCAUCAUCUGUCAACAUAGACAAUGCUGUAAAAAUUGGAGAGGUUGCUCUUCAAGAAUUUGAGAAGACCUGGCCAGAGGGAUUUUAUACUUGCGUUCAUCACCAUAUUGACCAAAAUUAUCUUUUUCAGAUCGUCUUUUACGAGGACAGGAACUUCCAAGGUCGCUCCUAUGAGUGCAUGAGCGACUGUUCCGACAUGUCCUCCUUCCUCAGCCGCUGCCACUCCUGCAGGGUGGAGAGCGGUUGUUUCAUGACCUAUGACCGUCCCAACUUCAUGGGUAACCAGUACUUCAUGAGGAAGGGAGAGUACUCUGACUAUAUGCGCAUGAUGGGCAUGAAUGACAACAUCAAAUCCUGCCGUAACAUCCCCAUGCACAGAGGACAGUUCAGAAUGAGGAUCUACGAGAGGGAGAACUUUGGUGGUCAGAUGCACGAGCUGAUGGACGACUGUGACUCCAUCCAGGAGCGUUACCGCAUGUCUGACUGCCAGUCCUGCAAUGUUAUGGAUGGCCACUGGCUCAUGUAUGAGCAGCCCCACUUCAGAGGCAGAAUGAGUUACAUGGCUCCUGGAGAGUACAGAAGCUUCAGGGACAUGGGAUUCAAGUGUAUGAGCAUGAGGCGUAUCAUGCACUCCCUCUAUAACUAA